CGGCGGGCUGUGUUCGCCUGCUCCCUUCCGCUUCCGGUGUCCCCUACAGCCAUGGCUGCCGCCGUCGCCGCUGGGGAGCCUCUGUCCCCUGACGAAUUGCUCCCGAAAACCGACGCGGAGAAGACGGAGGAGGAGUUGGAGGAAGACGACGACGACGAGCUAGAUGAGACCCUGUCCGAGAGACUCUGGGGUCUGACGGAGAUGUUUCCGGAGAGGGUCCGGACUGCCGCCGGAGCCACUUUUGAUCUUUCCCUGUUUGUGGCUCAGAAAAUGUACAGAUUUUCCAGGGCAGCUUUGUGGAUUGGUACCACUUCCUUUAUGAUCCUGGUUCUUCCUGUUGUUUUUGAGACAGAAAAGUUGCAGAUGGAGCAACAGCAGCAACUGCAGCAACGGCAGAUACUUUUAGGACCUAACACAGGGCUGUCAGGAGGAAUGCCAGGGGCUCUACCUUCACUUCCUGGAAAGAUCUAAGAUUAUUACUGCUGUAUUUGUGCUGUCUUGGUGGGAGAACUUUGAAAAUCAGUUAUUUGAACUGCUGAAUAUUUGGACUUUUAGUCUUUCGUCUUUUUUUUUUUUUUUCCAACUUUGGCACAAUGACCCAUUUAAACCUGGUAGGGCAACCUAUCCCCUUCUUGUCUCAUGGACACCUAGCUGUGCCCUUCCCACUGUCCUCACUCACCUCUGUUCUCAUUGAUACCAGAGUUCAGCCAUGUGGACUAAUUCCAGCUCUGGCCACUCUUCCCUGUUUUACUAAAUUGCUCCUAACUGGAAGUUUGCACAUGCCCAUUGUGCAGUAAAAUGUUAAUGUCACUGGGAGGGAAGCAAGCAUCCCUGACCAUUAACAACUUUAAAAAAGAAUGGAAGUGUCAGGAAGGAGCAUGUAAACAGUAUAAAACUGACAAAACCCCUGAGACUUGCAGUACAGGAAUCCCUGUGUUAGGGAGGCGGGCUGCAGCCUUAGCUGGACAGCGGGGCUGUGGACUGAGCAGGAGCUCGUUUCCUCUAUUCCAUGUUGGCUGUUAGACCUGUGUGUAAAAAGGUCAGUGCUCACUUUUUGUAUUUAAAUAUUAAAAGGACUCCAACUGAAAGUGUCA